AGAAACGUCAGGCAGCCAAUCAGAUGCAGCGUGUUGGUCACGUAAUUUAUCAGAAUCUCUUCAUCAAUUUCCUCGGAAGUGAAUCUUGUCCAGAUGAUCUUUCGACGGAAAUGGUUGGAAUGGAAUAAUGCCGUGACCUCAUCAAUAAAGUGUUAAAAUAGAAGUAGUCAUGGCCUCAGUGAUAUUACAGGGGCUCGAGAUACAUUUCUACCUGCCAGAGACACACCAGAUCAUUCAUCUCUCAGGAAGUUUCACAGCAGAGGAGCUGUGUGUUGAAGCGGCCAAGAAGUUGGGUAUAUCUCCACUGUGUAGCAGUUUGUUCGCCCUUUAUGAUGAAUUCAGCAAGAUCUGGUAUCCACCCAAUCAUUCAUUCUCUAUUAAUGAGGCGACAAGAUUGAAGCUUUACUUUCGCAUGAGAUUUUAUUUCACAAACUGGCAUGGGAGCAGCAGGAAAUCUCUUCCAGUGUUCAGACACACUCUCAAGCGAGAAACGGGGCCUGUGGGCACAGCUGUUCUGGAUGUACAUUCACUAACGUACCUCUACGCACAGAGUCAGUAUGACUUUCAGAGCGGUCUAGCACCGCUGAGAAGUGCACGUGAUGAGAAGGACGUCCAGCAGAUAGAAAAUGAAUGUUUGGGUAUGGCGGUGAUGGCCAUCUCCCAUGAUGCCAUUGAAAAAAAACGUCCUCCCUGUGAAUUUGAGUACAAGAAUUACAUCCCCAAGGUCCUGUACAAGUCCAUACGUCACAGGAAUGUUCUCACACGUCUGCGCAUCUCCAACAUCUUUAAAGCGUUCCUUGAGGAAUUCACCAAGAACACUGUGCAAGGCAAUGAGAUCAGUACCCAUGACCUGAAAGUCAAAUAUAUGUCCACUUUAGAAUCUCUAGCGAAACAUUUUGGCCAGGAGAUGUUUGAACCCUCCUCCCUCAUCAUACAUGAGCAUGAGCAAAUGAUCACAGACUCCUGCAGUGAAAAUGGCGUUCAUUACAAGAUCCUGGUGUCUGGCACCUCUGGCAUUCAUUGGUGUAAAGUCCCCUGGGAGGCCAUUUCGGAUCCUUUUACCAAUCAGGAGAGACGAAAAUCAAAGAGAGAUAGUAAGAAACUGAGUAAAGCAGUAUCAUAUGAUGCAGAGGAGGACCAAUGGACACUUUUUUCAGACUUUAAUGAGAUAACGCAUCUUCUCAUCAAAAACUCCACAGUUACUAUCCACAGACAGGACAACAAAAAUAUGGAGCUGAAGCUGGCAUCGCAUGAGGAGGCACUGUCCUUUGCCAGUCUUGUAGAUGGAUACUUUAGGCUCACAGUAGAUGCGCAUCAUUUCCUCUGCAGGGAUGUGGCUCCCGUCUCAGUGGAAAAGAAUCUACAAGAUGGCUGCCAUGGUCCAAUCAAUACUGAAUAUGCCAUCCAUAAACUCAAGCAGGAAGGUUACGAGGAGGGCAUGUACCUGCUCCGCUGGAGCACUCAGGACUUCGAUCAUGUUCUCCUGACUAUCAUAUGCAGUGAGAGUAAUUGUCAUGGCAUCAUCAGAAAAACCUUCAAGAACUUCCAGAUUGAGGCGAGCGCACAGGGCUUCCUCCUGUCUGGGACAGUUAUUGCGAAGCCCACUCUGAGAGAGCUGAUGGACCACCUACGCGGUCAUUGUUUCACAGCAGACCACAUCAGUUUAAAACUUGUGCGUGGCUGUCCACCCCAACCAAAAGAGCAAUCCAACCUGAUCAUGAUAACCAGGAAAGAUUCUGCAUUGCCACACUCUCUCUCCAAUAAUCUGGUUUUCCCCAGGAUCCUCAGAAAUGACAUUACCCAGGAGAAACACCUGGGCCAAGGCACCCGCACAAACAUCUAUGCUGGCAAGCUGAAUCUGAGAAAUGAGGAUGAAGACAGUUUGGCUAGUCAUGAGGUGGUGGACGUGGUUCUGAAGGUGCUGGGAGCGGGAAAUUACAUUUCCGCCUUCCUGGACACCGUCAGUGUAAUGCAGCAGAUAUCUCAUAAACAUAUGGUUCUGAUGUAUGGCAUAUGUAUGCACAUCAUGGACGUCAUUAUGGUGGAGGAGUUUGUUCAGCACGGCCCUCUGGAUCUGUUCAUGAGAAAUCAUCGCUCUGAACUCACGCCCUCCUGGAAGUUCCAAGUGGCGGAGCAGCUUUCCAGUGUCCUCAGUUAUUUGGAAGAUAAGAAGCUUGUUCAUGGGUAUGUCUGUGCUAAAAAUGUCCUGUUGAAGCUCGAUGGUCUGAAAGGACAAGGUGGUCCUUUCAUUAAACUGAGUGAUCCUGGACUGUCAAUCUCUGUGCUUAACCAAGCAGAGUGUAUUGAUAGGAUCCCCUGGAUCGCCCCGGAGUGUGUUAAAAACCCCAAAGCACUAAGCAUUGCAGCAGACAAGUGGGGGUUCGGGACCACACUAUGGGAGAUCUGCUACAAUGGAGAGGUGCCCCUGCGUGAAAAGAAACUCUUAGAGAAAGAGCGAUUCUACGAGGUGUUCGGUACUCUGGUAACUCCCAGCAUCAGUAAACUGGCUGAUCUGAUCUCACAGUGCAUGAACUAUGACCCAAAGAAGAGGCCGUUCUUCAGAGCCAUAGUGAGAGAGCUGGACGAGAAGGACCUUCACCUUACAGACACAAUUCCUCCACAGGAGACUGAUCCUACAGAUUUCAAGAGCAGGUUCCUCAAGAAAAUACGAAAACUUGGAGAGGGUAACUUUGGGAUGGUGGAACUGUGUCUGUACGAUCCUAAGGGAGAUCAGACAGGUGAACUGGUGGCCGUCAAAUCUCUGAAAACAGAAAAUGAGAGCAGCAACCUGAGGAAAGAAAUCAGCACCAUCAGAAACCUCUACCAUGAAAACAUUGUCAAAUACAAAGGCAUCUGCAGUGAUGAAGGAGGAGCAAACAUCAAACUCGUUAUGGAGUAUUUGCCUGCUGGCAGUCUGAAAGACUACUUGCCCCGUAACAAAUCCAACAUCGAUCAGAAGAGACUGCUGCUUUAUGCUCUUCAGAUAUGUCAGGGUAUGGAGUACCUGGGAUCUCAGAACUACAUCCACAGGGAUCUGGCAGCAAGAAACAUCUUAGUGGAGAAUGAAUCCCUUGUGAAGAUCGGGGACUUUGGUCUGACUAAGAGCAUCAAAGAUGAUAAGGACUAUUACAAAGUGACUGAAGAACAGGACAGUCCUGUGUACUGGUAUGCUCCAGAAUGUCUCAUUAAUCGGAAGUUCUAUAAGGCAUCUGAUGUUUGGUCAUUUGGGGUCACUCUUUAUGAAAUCAUGUCCUACUGUGACCGUGAGAACAGCCCUCCACAGGUAUUCCUGAAAUCGAUUGGCCGGUCUCAUGGGCAGAUGACCAUGGCCAGGCUGGUAGAUGCUCUUGAGAAAGGCUGGAGGAUGCCACGUCCAGAUACAUGCCCUGAAAUGGUGUACACUCAGAUACGCAGGUGCUGGAGUCAAGCCCCAGAAAACAGAGUGGACUUCAAGAGCCUAAUCGAAGAGUUUGAGUUUUUCGUCACUAGAGAAAACAUCUAGCUUCCAUUCAUCCGAUCCACCUACAGAAUUCAGAUGCAUUUUUUAUUUGUAUGUGUCUUGUUUAUUAUACUUAGAAACAUUAUGCACAUUACUUUCUCUUUAAAUCUUUGCCAUUUAAUCAUCUACCUCCAAAAACACGUAAAGGGUUAGUUCAAUCAAAAUUUUUAAUUAGGCUGUGUUUUACUCUCCCCCCCCCCCCCCCCCCCCCCCCUGCUCUGAGGCAUGCUCUGAGGUGUAUAUGACUUUCUUUUUCGAAUGCAGUCUGAGUUAUGUUGUACUUGAUCUUUCAAGCUCUCUCAUUGCAGUCAUGCAUUUUUGUAUGAAAAAUAUCCAUAUUUAAAACAUAUUGUAAAUGGACGCAGUUCCAGGGGAAUUACGCAUAAGGUCAGCUUUGCACAUGCGCCGGUGAGUCUCAUGAAAAAAUAAAGAAGAAAGUCAUAUACACCUAGGAUGCCUCGGGGGUUAGUAAAAUGCAUCCUAAUUUUCAUUUUUGGGUGAACUAACCCUUUAACAUAUUGCUUAGCAUCGGGGGUUAGUAAAAUGCAUCCUAAUUUUCAUUUUUGGGUGAACUAACCCUUUAACAUAUUGCUUAGCACUCAACAAGUAUCAAGUAUUAAAAAGGUUCAUAAAAAAAAAAAAAAAAACGCUGAAGCUAUAUCAAAUUUACGGCAAGAUUUACUUACAGCUUACACCAGUGCAAACCCUGUUAAAGCAUUAAAAACGGCUGUCAUGAAAAGGCAUGGGUGCAGUCAUUAGGCUUGUUCGAAAUUCAUCAGCACUGCGCGGAACGAAUCAGCGUAUGACAUCAAAAUACGGCAGGUGUGAUUAGAGUGCAGUUAACUCUCUAAGCUUCAAAAUCACUUGCGCUGUACUUUGAUGUCACGCACCAGUCGGUCUGCACAGUGCUGAUGCAUCUAAAACAAGCCUAUUUUUGCAGCUGACUUUAUUUGGAUAUACAUUUGUAAUAAGGUUUGAGCUAGCCAGUUAUCUGGAAUUAUUUCUAUUGUGGUAUUGUGGCAUUAUCUAAAGCUAAAAAAAAAGCAUGUCUUAACCCAUUUUGCGCUUGACAUAACACUAUAGUUGCUAAUUUGCUCUGCUCUUGGUAGAUUGCAUUGGUCAUUAUGAAAAUGAUCUGGUUGUGUGUUCUUUCAUUUUCUCAUCGUCAGUAGAUCAUUCACAGAGCUUAACAUUCCUUUUGGCGCUUUUAGAUCGCUUUUGGAUUGCGAUUUAAUGCUAAUUUGCUUAAUUGAUUAGUAAAUAUGGCCCAUAAUGUAAAAAAAUACAUGUAUUGUUUCAAUUACAGAAAAAAUGCAGACGUGCCUUAAUAUCACAGGAGAUAUAUUUGAUAGGAGUGUAACGGUCCAUGUAUUUGUCCAGAACGGUAACGGCACUGAUGUCACGGUUCAGUUCAUGCAGUCAGACGACAAAUACAGUCAGUCAUAGGCCCUGUCCCAAAUCCCACCCUAAACCCAUGCAGUCUUCCUCUGAGUUCACACUUUCGUGAUGUAAUGCUGCUUUGACUGUCGGAUAGAAGUCUGCUGCUGAGCUUGCCUCAGUGUGGGCUCGGCAGCAGUGGGGCAUCCAGGGCGCAUAGAGACCCUUCUGAAAGCUAAAAUGACAAAUGGGACACCCUACAGUCUUAUUUAUAUGAAUGUAUGAAUGGGUUUAUAUGAAUGUAUCUCUGGGAGGAACUGACCGUGUACAGAAAUGUUUUGAUGGCAUUUUCUUUUCCUCUUACCUCCAUAUAAUACAUAUUAAAGUAGUGUUUAUAAGUGCAGGUAACAAAGGAAACUCUAUAUUGCUGCUGUUCCACAGGCGCCACCUGCUGUCAGAGAAUAAAUUAGCAUUUUAAUUCAGUCUGUCUCAUUUCAAAAAUCUAAAGUUAGACCAUUCUGUUUUUGCUUGAAAUUAUACAAUCUAAUUCAAAUCAAAAAUAAUUGCUCAUGUUACAUGUAUGAAUUUCCCCUUGAUCGAACCUUGACUCAGAAUCUGAGGUAUGUACCGAACCGUGACUUCUGUGUACCAUUACACCUGUAGUAUUUGUUGCAUUUUACUGGAAAAUAUAUAGCAGCUUUUCCACUGUUGGGCUGAAUGGUUUUAAGAACAGUAAGAAAUUAUAUUUCCACUUCAGCUCUGUUCGGCACGGCAUCAUUAAAAACCGUUCAAGGCCCGAAACCAUGCAGGCAGAAAAUGUGUAGUGGUGUCUCCACUCAGGAUUUGUCAGUUGUUUGUUGUCUAGCCAGUAGUUUCUCUCUAUAUGCUAUAUGAGUGGAGCAAACAGAAACAUCUGGUCAUCCUUAAUAACGCAGACACUAAUUAUAUCUCAUAUAUACUGUAUGUAAACACUUGCAUUACCAAGGUAUCAACUGACACAUUUGUAUUAUGAGCUCUGUUAUCAGAUCCACUGUGGAAAUCAUGUCCAAUGGAAUGGUUAAGCGAUGAGGAUGGUUCAGCCUGAUGGUGGAAAAGCACCUUAUUACAGACUUGGAUGGAUGGAUGGAUGGAUGGAUGGAUAGAUAGGUAGGUAGGUAGAUCGAUCGAUAGGUAGGUAGGUAGAUAGAUCUAUUAAAAUGCAGGGUGGAUAAAUAUUGUCAUUUCAUUUUAUUCUUUUUUUAAAUAGUCUUACUGGAUGUUAUAUUCAGUUGAUGUAAGAUUUUUACUCAAGCUUGUAUGUAAUGAGAGGAAAUGUAUAACAGCAACUCACAUGUUGCACUGUGCUUGAAUAAGAUCAUCUGUCUUAUGCCAUUUGACUUUGUAUAGCUGAUGAAUUCAUCUGAAGCUGAAAUGAGGAAUAUCAGUGAAUUUUGGCAGAUCACAUCAGAUUGUAUUUCAGAACUAACAUCUUGAAGAGAUCAACACGUGUCAUGCAGAAUGUUGGUAAAGCAAAUGGUUUGCCUGUAGCAAGGAUUGCAAAUAAAGCUCUAACAAUAGA